CUUCCGGUAUAAACAAUGAACAGCACCUGAGCACGUCGUGAAAUAAAUGAGUAAAACAAAGUGAGAAGAACAGAUGGGGCGAACAAAGACAAAUAGUGGAGGAGGGGGAACGAGUCAGAGUCCCUCUACAUCUGAUAGUUCUACCAGCACAGCUGUAGCAGAGACUCGAAUCAAAGACCUUCUAAAAGAGUUGUAUGGUCUAAUUCAUCAGAUACAGGAUGAAAGGGCCCAGGGUGAACAUAAUCUAACAAACAUCUCUAAGACACAUGAGAGAAUGCAACAGGAACAAAAAAGUAAGAAUGAAAUAACACCAUACUACAAGAACAAGCUGAAGGGCCUGUAUAAAACAGCUAUGCAGGAUGCUGAGUUAGAGGCAGAGUUGUUAAGAAAAGCUCUGGAUAAGAUAACGGAAGUGAAAAGCAUCAGAGAAACAAGAAGACUAGAUUCAGACAGGCCAAAGCCAAUCAUGAGGCGAGGGGUUCUGAUGUCAAUGCUACAACAGAAUGCUCAGACUCUGCCAUUGUGGGUCAGCAAACCGGGAGAAAAACCACCACCUCUGUGUGGUGCCAUGCCAGCUGACAAUAAUUAUGUGGCUAAGCCUGGUGACAAGGUGGCAGCACGGGUGAAGUCUGAUGAUGAGGAGAAUUGGAUACUUGCAGAAGUGGUCAGUUUUAGCCAAAGCUCUAAUAAAUAUGAUGUGGAUGAUAUUGAUGCUGACGAGGGCAAGGAGAGACACACUCUUAGCAAGAGGAGAAUAGUGCCCCUUCCUAUCUGGAAGGCGAAUCCAGAAACAGAUCCAGAUGCUUUGUUUACAAAGGACACUCUUGUCCUUGCUCUGUAUCCACAGACCACUUGUUUUUACAGAGCUUUAAUCCAUGAUCCUCCUCGGAAGCCUCAGGAUGAUUACUCGGUGCUGUUUGAGGACACCUCUUACCCCGAUGGUUAUUCCCCGCCCCUCCUGGUGGCGCAGAGAUAUGUCAUCUGUUGUAAGGAGGACAAGAAAAAGUGAGGGUGUCUGCUGUCAUUUUACUGACCCUCCAUGUUUGUGUGGAGUAACUGGCCAGCAGUUGGACCACUGACUCUUUAUUGACAGACUGAGUCCUUAGAUACAAGGCCUCUCAGCUUCAGUGUGUGUUUAUGUGCAAAAUUAUUUCUGCAGUUAUAUGCAGAUAUGCAGAGAGUACAAGUUCUGUUCCUGACAAAUAAAAGUGCAAUUUACAUUAAGCUUAUGGACUAAAUCAUUUGUUACUAAUAUGUCAUGGCAUUUCAAAAUAAAUACAUGUGUAAAAUUAA